CCUGGGUGUUGAACGAUCAAUCGCCCUUCCUCUUCCAUCAUCUAACUGGGCACCGUGGUGAAUGUGUCAUUCUUUUCUCGUGUGCGCUUCAUUUGCUGUGUUGAGCGGUUGAUUCCUGUUUCAGCGCGCUGUUGAUUACCCCGCCAUCUCCCCUCCGUCUGGGAAACACGAACAACAACUUGCAUCCGAAACAUCUUCCCUAGCCCCUUACCUAUACGUCCUUCACAGUUCUUCUAUACAUCAUCAGGAUGGCGUCUGAAGAACCCGCUGCCGGUUCUCUUGCGGACCGCAUCACCAAGCCCGAGGAAUCUGCUCCUGCCGAAGCUCCCGAACAGACAGAAGAUAUUCCUCAGACCGAUGGCGCCGCCGCCCAACAGGGUGGCUCCGACCUUCAUGAGCCUGACUACACCGUUGAAGUCAAGCUCAGCGAUCUCCAGGCCGAUCCGAAUAACCCCCUUUUCUCCGUGAAGAACUUUGAAGAUCUCGGCCUGGACCCUCGCAUCCUCCAAGGAUUGUCGGCAAUGAACUUCCGGAAACCCUCCAAGAUCCAAGAGAGGGCCCUUCCGCUGCUACUUGGCAACCCCGCGAAGAAUCUGGUCGGUCAGUCCCAGUCCGGUACUGGAAAGACUGCGGCCUUCGUCCUGAACAUCCUCAGUCGCUUGGACCUCUCGUCGGAGCAGUUGCAAAAGACCCCCCAGGCGUUGAUUUUGGCCCCCACACGAGAGCUGGCUCGUCAGAUUGUUGGUGUCAUCCAAGUGAUGGGCCAGUUCCUUGAUGGGCUCGUUAUUGGUACCGCCGUGCCCGCAGAUACUGGCGCUCGUCCCGCCAAGAUGGAGUGCUCCGUCGUUGUGGGUACCCCUGGUACUGUGAUGGACAUGAUUAAGAGGCGCAUCAUGGUUGCGAACAAGCUCCGCGUGCUUGUUCUGGAUGAGGCCGACAACAUGCUCGACCAGCAGGGUCUGGGUGACCAAUGUAUCCGUGUGAAGGCUCUCUUGCCUAGAGAUAUUCAGGUUGUGCUCUUUUCGGCUACCUUCCCUGCUCACGUGCACGAAUAUGCGUCCAAGUUCGCCCCCCAGGCCAACGAGAUCACCCUCCAGCAUGAGGAGUUGACGGUCGAGGGUAUUAAGCAGCUGUACCUGGACUGCUCGAAUGACGAGGACAAGUACCAGACUCUUGUCAACCUCUACGGUCUGCUCACCGUCGGCUCGUCCAUCAUUUUCGUCAAGACCCGUGCCUCCGCCCAGGAGAUCGAAAAGCGAAUGGUUGCCGAGGGUCACACCGUGGCCUCCCUGACCGGUGGCAUUGAAGGAUCGCAGCGUGACGCAGUCAUUGACCAAUUCCGUGCCGGACACGCGAAGGUCUUGAUUACGACCAACGUGCUUGCCCGUGGUAUCGAUGUCUCCACUGUGUCCAUGGUUAUCAACUACGAUAUCCCUGAGCUGCACCAACCCGGCGCCCGUCAACGACAGGCCGAUUUCCAGACCUACCUGCACCGUAUUGGCCGUACAGGACGUUUCGGCCGCGUGGGUGUAUCCAUCUCUUUCGUGUCCAACCGGGAAGAGUGGGAGAUGCUCAACCAGAUUCAGCGAUACUUCAACACCAACAUCCAGCGGAUUGACACCAAGGACUGGGACGAGGUGGAGGACAUUAUCAAGAAGACGAUCAAGAGCUCACGUGCUCAGCUCGGCUUCCGGUAGAGCGUGUCCGACAAACCCUCGACGCGACGCCGCUGUCCGAUGGCGGCUGCUCAAACGGGUUGAUUGGAAGAGAUUGGAAUAAGAUAUGACUAUGGUGCAAUGUGGAUUGCUUAUGAAGAGUUAUGAGGAUUUCUUUGUGUUCAAUUGAAAGUCAGAUUAAUAGAUACCAGUUGCUUGCUCAACCUAUGGGUGUUUUGG